AUGACUAGGACUAAGAAACGGAGUGCAAGACCCAAAGAAGGUGCUCGGCGGGAGGAAAAGAUGAACGAGGACAGGACAGACCUUAUCGAGAAGGUUGACAUGAAUAAUGAGCGCUUUUCAUCUUAUUACAAGACUCAGAAAAUCGUUCCCGAGGAUGAAUGGGAACUCCUUCUCGACUCCCUUCGACAGCCUCUACCAACAACCUUUCGCGUUGCAGGCAGCAGACAGACGGCAACCACUCUGAACGCAACCAUAAAAGACCAUCACGUACCCAGCCUGAGCGACGUAACGUUUGAGGGCCAACGGAUAUCCCCGCCAGCCCAAAUACCCUGGUAUCCAGAUGGAUUGGCAUGGCAAUUCAACGUUUCAAAGAAAGCGCUUCGUAAAUCUCCAGAGUUCAAAAAAUUCCAUUCUUUCUUGGUCUACGAAACUGAAGUGGGGAACAUAUCAAGACAAGAAGGCGUGAGCAUGCUGCCACCCCUGUUUCUGGAGGUCGAGCCGCACCACAAGGUUAUGGACAUGUGCGCUGCUCCAGGUUCCAAGACUGCGCAACUACUGGAAGCGCUGCACGCUAAUGAUACCAUCACCUCCACGUCAAUUCCGCCAGGUCUCGUGCUCGCAAACGACAGUGACAACAAGCGAACUCACCUCCUAAUUCACCAGUCUGCACGUCUGCCUAGUCCAGCUCUAAUGGUGACCAAUCUAGAUGCAUCGAACUACCCUGGAAUUCAAAUUCCUGUGGUAACUCAAGACGGUGGCACGCAAAUGGACCAAUUAAUGUUUGACCGAAUUCUAUGUGAUGUACCGUGUAGCGGCGACGGAACCAUGCGGAAGAAUAUGGGUAUCUGGAAGGGAUGGUCUACGAUGGACGGAAAUGGUCUUCACAGUUUACAGGUUCGAAUUCUUCAACGUGCAAUGAACCUCCUCGCGAAAGAUGGAAGAAUUGUUUACUCUACCUGCUCUUUGAAUCCUGUCGAAAAUGAAGCCGUCGUUGCUGAGGCCCUGAACAACAACCACGAUUUCGAACUGGUUGAUGUCACACCCAAAUUGCCUUCUCUCAAGCGUAGACCAGGACUAACGUCCUGGAUACCAACUGUCAUCAUCGACAAGGUUAACAAAAUUGAUAUGCCGUUUCCUACUUACGAACAGUUCAAAACCUCGGAUUCCGAUCAAACAUUGAAAGACAAGAUGUCAAAAGGGUGCUGGCCCCCCGAGAAUGUUGAUAAGCUGAACCUGACUCGAUGUUUGCGUAUCUACCCUCAUCUCCAGGAUUCUGGAGGUUUUUUUGUCGCCGUUCUCGAGAAGAAAGGCAAAGCUCCAGCUAGUUCCCUGAUAUCGGAGCGUAAACGGGAGGCAAAUGAGCCAGAAGAUGUUCCAGAAGCUAAGAAGCCCAGAUUAGUGGACUAUGAACCAGACGAAACUGCUAUGGAAGAAGACACCGAGGUGACCCUGGAUGAGUCAAAGGCAGAGUCAGCGGAUGCAUCGACCGAAAAUCCACACAGUGAAGGCAACAUGAAACCAACGCCAAAAACUCUAACGAAGAAGGGAAAGAGUAAAUCUGCUCAAGGGGGAGGUUCUUUCAAAGAGAAUCCCUACACCUUCCUCUCUCCAGAUGAUCUCAUCCUUUUGUCUUGCAUGAAACGCCUCAAUUUGAAUAGUGACUUCCCCGCAAGCAAUGUUCUUGUUCGAAACCCAGCUGGGGAUGCCGUCCGCUCGUUAUACCUAGUCAACGACCUUGUGAAGACGAUCAUCCAGCACAAUGAUUACGACCGUCUGAGGCUCAAUGCUGCUGGGACUAAGGUGCUCUCCAAGCAGGAAGCAGGAAAAGGUGCUGAGGCACAAUUUCGCGUUCUAGGAGAGGGACUACCUGUCAUCCUUCCCUACGUCGACCCUGCGACAAUUCUCACUGGGGAUAUGGAAUCGCUCAAAACGCUAAUCGAAUCCUAUUAUCCUCUGUGCACAACAUUCAAUGAGCCUUUUAGGGGAAUAGCGGAAGCAGGGACUUCGGGGAGCCAUAUCGUCAGAUUCCCUCCAGGUCAACUAGGCGCGGCGUCGCUGAACCAUGAACUGGUCCUCCCUGUAUGGAAAGCGAAGAGCUCGAUUGGGUUAAUGAUCGACAAAAAGGCCAAGAGUGCUUUGAGUUUACGACUAUAUGGCGAAGAUCUGACUACGGCCGGAAACUUGAAGAACGCAGAAAAGCAGAAAAACGGCAAUCCACUAGUCGAGGCUAAUGAGGCGCCAGAGGGGUAA